AUGCAUGGCAGUGUGAUCAUGGUGGACGAGGCGCAUGAGCGCAGCCUGGCAACGGACAUUCUCCUGGGCCUCCUCAAGAAGGUGAUGCGGCGGCGUCCUGACCUCCGAUUGGUCAUCUCAUCUGCCACGCUGGCAGCUGAUGACGUGGCAGCCUUCUUUGACACCAGCCACGAGAAGCCCAAGCCCUUGUCGUCACAAGGCCUUAACACCCUUCCCAGCCGCAAGCCAGCUAUCAUUUCAGUGGAAGGCCGGAGUCACCCGGUGCAGCUGCUGUACCUUGAAGAACCCACAUCGGACUACCUGCAGACAGCACUUGACACCGUGCUCGCCAUUCACUGCCAGGAGCCUCCAGGAGACAUACUUGUGUUCUUAACGGGACAGGAGGAGGUGGACACGUUGGUGCAGCUUAUAGCGGAGCAGAGCAACAGCUACACUCCCUCGUCCGAGAAACUGAGAGAGCACGCGGCACGCCUGUGGCCUGUCACUCACUCACUUGCGUUUCUGUCCUUCCCAUUCUAA